GGUCAGUCUCUUGUAUUUUUUUACCCUACAACUUCAACAUUAAACUUUCCCUUCCCUUUCUCUUUUUCUGUGUCUGUCCUAAGAGAAAGAUACACUAGUCAGAGUGAUCAGAGACAACAAUAUGGUACAGUCAAAGAAGUUCAGAGGUGUCAGGCAACGCCAUUGGGGCUCCUGGGUCUCCGAGAUUCGUCACCCUUUACUGAAAAGAAGGGUGUGGCUUGGAACAUUUGAGACAGCUGAAGAGGCAGCUAGAGCAUACGAUCAGGCAGCUGUUUUGAUGAGCGGUCGUAAUGCGAAAACAAACUUUCCUGUUUCUACUAAUCAAGAAGGCAGUAAUAGCGAGAAAUUUUCCACCUCCUUAUCAUCGUCAGCUUCAUCGCCUAGUGCACUGUCUUCUAUACUUAGUGCUAAACUUCGCAAGUGUUGCAAAUCUCCAUCUCCUUCUCUAACUUGCUUAAGGCUUGACACUGAGAACUGUCAUAUUGGAGUAUGGCAAAAGCGGGCAGGAUCACGACCCGAUUCGAAUUGGGUUAUGAUUGUUGAGCUUGGAAAGAAGGGUGGACAAGCACCGGAGCCUAAAUUGCCUAGUGUGGCGGCACCAGAAAUAGCGCAAGAAGGUGAUGGUGAGGGUUUAGAUGACGAGCAGAGGAUUGCAUUGCAGAUGAUUGAAGAACUACUCAAUAGGAACUGAGCUAUAGAGUAGCACUUUAUUUUGAUCUUGAUCACAUUAUUGACAUGGAGCUCAUCAAGGAAACUCCAUGUGCAAAGUUGCUGUCAAUCGCAUUAUGUUUGUUCCAUUGUUUUAAGUUCAGGAUAGUAUUAUUAUUAGUUGUCUACAUAUAUAUGUUUUGAUUAUGACCUCCAUAUAUAUACAUUUUUUACUUUGUAUAA